ACCACUUCUGCCCCGCGAGUGCGUUGCCUCCUGACGUUUGGCGCAGAAUAUUUUUUCUCCGAGUCGUCUCACCAGACAAGAACGCGUUGAGGCCCAAUGUUUUGCCCAGCUAUGUCCAGGUGCCGUUGCACACGGACUGGCGCAGCCUCAUGACUAUCACCGCUGUAUGUCGCUACUGGCGAGACAUCUGCGUCUCAACGCCCGUUCUCUGGAGUCACCUCAUAGAUGAUGAUACACUCCAACUCCAACGUCUGGUCCUUAUGCGCCACCCCUACAUGCCUCUCACGAUCUCGCUCAAUUGCGAUGUUUCUCGCAACAUCCGGAUGCUUUCUGACCCACUGGAUUUGCGAUGCAAUGUACUGGGUUGGGUCUCUUGCAUGCACCACGUCAUCACUCAAAUCGAACGAUACCCUCUUUCUGGCGCACAUCUCGAGAAGCUUACUCUAACGGGGAACCCGACAUGCCCGGAACAUCAUGAGUUCAGGACCCCGCGUCCGGUCGAGGGCAUGACUUUGUUUCGCAAUGACACUCCCCAUCUACGCAGCGUCUCAAUCGUCGAUCUGUCUUGGGUGCCAACGAAUCAUUUCUCUACCAUCACCCAACUCUUGAUAAGCCGUUGUCCCUGGCACAAUCCGGUCGCUACCAUCGUCAAUCUCCUCAGGAAUACACCCCAGUUGGUUGAUCUUGUUCUCUCGGGUAUGCACCCUAGGUUGCCAGCAGAAGCUAGUAUUCGUGAAGGGACAGAGAAGGCCCGUCUCCAUAGUCUUCGGCGACUCGCGCUUCGUAACGUCGGUCCUCGGGUUAUUGCGCCACUACUCUCGGAGUUGGACAUGGCCUCGCAAUGCGUCAUCGUCAUGAGCGAUUUCGGCGAGUUCCAUUCCAUUCCUUUCAGAGAUCUACGCAGAGAUAUAUCGCAUGGAUUGCCAGAGUGUCUCUCUGGCUUUGCUCUCAUGCAGCCCACCAUUAUGCAUCUCAGGCUCUUCGAGCCGGCCUCGAUAGCGGAUCGGGACCAGCCAAAUUUCACGUUGUCCAUCGCCGCCGUCAACGAACACGCCGGUGUUCUGCUCAGGGACAAACAUGUCCUUCCUACUGGUCUUGUAUAUGAGUUCCCUACCACCGUUUUCCAGUUGUCACGCCUGCAAGAUCUAUGUUGCCUGGAUACGCGGAACUUCUCAACGGCGGAUCCAUGGCCCUCGCGAAUGUGGUCCUCCAUAUUGCCGGAAUUGACCGCCACAAAGAACCUCACGGUAUUCGAAUCCAGUCUGCCUCACAUCACUCAGUCGCUCAACUAUAUCGACUGGGCGGCGCCGCUAUGUCCACACCUGGCUAGGAUCACCGUCCUCUUGCCACACAAAGCUGUGCGGAUCGACGAGGUGAUGCUAGAACUCGUCUCUCUACGUGAGCGGAUGCACUUCCCGCACGUCACCAUUGGCUAUCUCCCCGAGUACACGGGGAUGAGGCCGUCUCAAAGCGAACAGGAUUGCCACUUCGACUCGGUGGAAUACCUGCAUCUCGACAAGGUGCGCCCUGUAGUGCCUCCAUGGCCGGACCAUUCCCGGCUCCCCGAUAUGCCGCCCGCGUAUUGGCCGCCGUUCGAGCAAUGGUCGAGCAACAUGGUACCGGACACUCGCGUGAUUCGGACGACGAGGUUCGACCGGUUCGGUCGUGCAAUAGAUGACGAUAGUCUUCGUGGCUGGGGAAGUAUUGGCCCGGGGACAAGAGCAUGACGCCUAUUGUAGGCCAGAACACUCGCUCGGCCGAUUUCCCUAUCUGUACUGAGGCUUGAAGGAUUCAUUCUAUCAUCCGCUCUUGGCUACUACGCUGAACUAUCAGUACAACAGAACUUAUAUCAUCGCAAUGUCAAUCAUCUGCUCAUGGCCACGACAGCUUUACUCCAUCAGCGAAUAUCUCCGCGAGGUAUACCACCGUCUCCGCAAGAAUGACCAGUCGCCCACGUCCAGCGAACACCAUGUUCGCGGACU